GCAGUAAGGAAAGUAUUUUCUGAAUCUAAUUAACUCUCUAAUGCUAUAAUUCAGAGCUUCCAACUACACGGGUAUUCUUUUUCAAAAAAGGAAAAUGUCGAAACAUUUUCAUAUUUGUCAUCAUGUGGAGAUCCAGUUUUCUUGCCGUGAAGAUCUAGGAAUGAGAUCAUCCAUCCAUCCAUUCACUCAAUGCAUCAAGAAAUUUACUUUUCUCCCUGUGUUUUGGGCAUAACUGACCACUAAAGACCUGGUCUCUCCCCCCUGGUAAAUCGUAUUCAGUUAAUUGCCUCCAAAAACGUCCACUCCAAAAGGAACAAAUCCAUCUUUGAUACUUUGUUUCAAAGUAUUUUUAGAGUUAUAUGCGUGUAGCAGAAGAAAAUGGAAAAGGAAAAGAUACAUGGACCUCUAUAUUUUGACCUGAAUACAGGUGCCAAAAUCCCAUCUGUUGGACUAGGGACAUGGAAAGCCCCACCUGAUGUCGUUGCUGAAGCUGUCAAGUUUUCUGUCAAGGCCGGCUACAGGCAUAUUGACUGUGCUAAAGUCUACGGUAACGAAAAGGAGAUAGGGAAAGCGUUGAAGGAACUGUUUUGCACUGGGGUAGUGGGACGCAGUGAGAUGUUCAUCACAUCUAAGCUCUGGUGCAGUGACCAAGCUCCUGAAGAUGUAUCAAGGGCACUGAGCAAGAGUCUAGAAGAUCUGCAACUUGAUUAUAUUGAUUUAUAUCUUAUUCAUUGGCCAUUUCGGACAAAGCCAGGCUCAAGUGGAUGGGACCCUGAAGUCAUGGCACCUUUAUGCCUUCGAGAGACGUGGGCUGCAAUGGAGGGCUUGUAUGCAUCAGGUCAGGCACGAGCGAUUGGUGUCAGCAACUUCUCGACUAAAAAGUUACAAGACCUCGUUACGUAUGCUAAAGUGCCACCUGCAGUUAAUCAGGUUGAGUGCCACAUAGUCUGGCAGCAGCCUGCUCUUCACCAUUUUUGCAAAUCAACUGGAAUUCAUCUCUCGGCGUAUUCCCCUCUGGGUUCUCCAGGAUCUUGGAUUAAAGGAGAAAUCUUAAAGGAACCGCUGCUGGUUGAAAUUGCUAAAAAACUUAACAAAUCGCCUGCACAAGUAGCUCUUCGCUGGGGAAUUCAGAGUGGUCACAGUGUUCUUCCAAAGAGUGUAAAUGAAUCAAGGAGCAAGGAAAACUUGAGCUUAUUUGAUUGGCAUAUCCCUCCAGAUCUCUUCUCAAAAUUCACAGAUAUCCACCAGCAAAGGCUCCUCCGAGGGGAUUUCGCCGUCCACGAAACUAAUAGUCCGUACAAAAGUCUUGAAGAAUUGUGGGAUGAUGAAAUAUGAGAUGACAUAUCCUCUGGUGAUCUGCAUUUGCAUGUUAUUGAUCUCUCUUCAGGAAAACAAUCCCACAUGCUGAAUCCUACCUCUCGAAUUUUGAGAGGCUACGCGGUGCAGUAAUAAAUGAAGCUGAAUAUGGUUUACUUGAUCCCUAAUUUGUUUUUCCCACUGUAUCAAGACAAAGUUCAUAUUUGGCUGUACUAGUUGCUUAGCUGCUUAUCAAUCUCAUCACCUUACAAAUGAAGUGUUUCGAUCUAGAAAUUUGUGUGGCACAUAGAGCCGCGUCAUUAUCCAUCGAGUCAAAUCAAAGACUACACAGAAGACUGGUUGUAGGGAAAUUAGAAUGAAAAUAAUUCCAUGCCUUGAUACUGGAUUUUCUUUA